UCCACACACAAGCUCCCGAUAGAUACACCCGAGCCCGUCAAUGGCGGCAAUGAGGACUGCAGCGGGGAGCAGCGAGCAUGGCGAGCCCGUCGAGCAGCCUGUGGGGCGCCCUGGGGCAAGCCUCCACCAUGGCGCAGCUGAUGGGCGUGGACGCGCUCGGGCUGGUCUCCAUGGUCGUGCAGGCCGCCCUGGUGGCGCGCCGCCACCGGGAUGCCUGCGUGCGGCUCGCGCAGCACGUGGAGCUCGUUGGCGGCCUGCUCGGGGAGCUGGAGCUCGCCGAGCUGAUGCGUCGGGAGGCCACCAGGCGGCCGCUGGAGCAGCUCGGCGGCGCGCUGCGGCGGUGCUACGCGCUGGUCACGGCGUGCCAGGACUGCGGCUACCUGCGCCGCCUGCUCCUGGGAGCCCGGAUGGCCGAGGAGCUCCGCGCCGCGCAGCAUGAGAUCGACAUGUUCAUCCGCCUCAUCCCGCUCAUCGCCCUCGUCGACAAUUCCACUGCAGAUAGUCGCCGUGUCAAGCAGGCUGAUGAGGGGGUGCUCACUGUAGUCACAGAUAGUUCAAAUCGUCACAUCAGGAUUCCAAACAAAGGAGCUACCAAACUCUGCGGUAUUGGAGAACACCCAUUUGUAGGAAAAGUGGACCUGCGAGAACAAAAUAUCGUUGACAUUGAAGAACUUGUGGAACUUUGUACCCGUAUGGAAGAGGCUUGCUCGGGAUUCACAAGGUUCGAUUUCUGUCAGAUCUUGGAUGCUACAGACAAUUUCUCAGAGAAGAUGAUAGUUGGGUGGGGAGGAUUUGGGAAGGUGUACAAGGGCCAGUUGCCUGGUGGACUUAAUGUUGCCAUCAAAAGAGCUGAUGAGCACGCAGCAAUGCUUGAAGUCAACAGUGAAUUGCAGCUUGCAAAGCUUCAGCAUGCCAAUGUGAUUAGGUUAUUGGGGUGGUUCCUUGGAUCGUUACCUAUGCGCAUUCUGCUGCUCUAGUCGGAAAAGUGUGUACUGAGGCACAGAUCCAAUGGAGGCCCGGCGAAAGGUGGAGCAGAUGGUGGACACGGUGUAGUUCAAGACCCCUGCAUCCAUCACUCCGACGUGACCAAGUCCCCUGAGGAGCUGCUCCAAGCACGACAGCAAGCAUGGCGUUAUCAAGCUCAGCUCAUCGAGAUGGCUCGUCGAUGGGACUAUGCUCAAGCGAUGCAAAUCCACGGAUGAGCGGUCAAGUGAUCGAAGCAGAGGAAGAAAUCAUCAGCAGUGCAGCCUUGUUGGUGGUUGCAAGUGUGUAGUAGUAUUUCACUGGCAUGUUUUUCAGUAGUGCGAGUGAGAUUCUUAAUUUGGCCAUCAAUUAGUGUGCAUUAUGAUCACAAUUGAUCAAUGAAUGCAAGGGAUUGUUCUAUGUAAAAGCAUUGGAUCUGAUGUAUGUUCUUUAUGUAAAAGCAUUGGAUGUGAUGAUCCCACCAAGAAGAUCACUUC